GCGCGCGAAGCGGCCGAGCGGAAGGAGCAACGCGUGGAAGCUGCGGCCCGUCUUCUGUGGUGGUCUUUCCUCAGCGGUUCGUACUCUCAGCGCUGCCAUGGACCUCGCGGCGGCCGCCGAGCCCGGCGCCAGAAGCCAGCUCCCGGAGGUGCGCGACGAGGUGGCCGAGAAAUGCCAGAAGCUCUUCCUAGACUUCCUAGAAGAGUUCCAAGGUAGUGAUGGAGAAAUUAAAUACUUGCAGUUUGCAGAGGAGCUGAUUCGUCCUGAGAGAAACACACUAGUUGUGAGUUUUGCAGACCUGGAACAAUUUAACCAACAGCUUUCUACCACCAUUCAGGAAGAGUUCUAUAGAGUCUACCCUUACCUGUGUCGAGCCUUGAAGACCUUUGUCAAAGAUCGAAAGGAGAUCCCUUUUGCCAAGGAUUUUUAUGUUGCAUUUCAAGACCUGCCUACCAGACACAAGAUUCGUGAGCUCACUUCAUCCAGGAUUGGGGUGCUCACCCGCAUCAGUGGGCAAGUGGUACGCACUCACCCAGUGCAUCCUGAGCUCGUGAGUGGAACUUUCCUGUGCCUGGACUGUCAAACAGUGAUCAAGGAUGUUGAGCAACAGUUCAAAUACACACAGCCAAAUAUCUGCCGAAAUCCAGUGUGUGCCAACAGGAAGAGGUUCCUGCUAGACACUAAUAAAUCAAGAUUUGUUGAUUUUCAAAAGGUUCGUAUUCAAGAGACUCAAGCGGAACUUCCCCGAGGAAGUAUCCCCCGAAGUUUAGAGGUCAUCCUGAGAGCUGAAGCUGUGGAGUCAGCCCAAGCUGGUGACAAGUGUGACUUCACAGGGACACUGAUAGUUGUACCUGAUGUCUCCAAGCUUAGUAUACCAGGAGCACGCGCAGAAACUAACUCUCGAGUCAGUGGAGUUGAUGGAUAUGAGACAGAAGGCAUUCGAGGACUCCGGGCCCUUGGUGUCAGAGAUCUGUCAUACAGGCUGGUCUUCCUUGCCUGUUAUGUUGCACCAACCAACCCAAGGUUUGGAGGGAAAGAACUCAGAGAUGAGGAACAGACAGCUGAGAGCAUUAAGAACCAAAUGACAGUGAAGGAAUGGGAAAAGGUGUUUGAAAUGAGUCAGGACAAAAACCUGUACCACAACCUCUGUACCAGCCUCUUCCCUACUAUCCAUGAAAUCCACCAAAAUACACAUUCUCUAUUUUCUGUUGGAGUUUCCUAUGUAGAAGAUUUGAAGAAAUAUUCAGAACUAAAGGCAGAGAUGGAGCCACACAUGCCUCGGUGCCAUCGCAUCCCAUGGUACUUUGUGUCAGGGACCACAGUGAUCUUCGGGGGUGUCUGUUGUAUUGAUGAAUUUGAUAAGAUGGACAUGCGGGACCAAGUCGCUAUUCAUGAAGCUAUGGAGCAGCAGACCAUAUCUAUCACUAAAGCAGGAGUAAAGGCAACUCUGAAUGCCAGGACAUCCAUUUUAGCUGCAGCAAACCCUGUCAGCGGACACUAUGACAGAUCAAAAUCACUGAAACAGAACAUCAGUCUGUCGGCACCUAUCAUGUCCCGCUUUGAUCUCUUCUUUAUCUUGGUGGAUGAGUGCAAUGAGGUGACAGAUUAUGCUAUCGCCAGGCGUAUAGUAGACUUGCAUUCAAGGAUUGAAGAAUCGAUUGACAGAGUUUAUUCCCUUGAUGAUAUCAGAAGGUAUCUUCUCUUUGCCCGACAGUUUAAGCCCAAGAUAUCCAAAGAGUCGGAGGACUUCAUUGUGGAGCAAUACAAACGCCUCCGCCAGAGGGAUGGCUCUGGGGUCACUAAGUCCUCAUGGAGAAUCACUGUGCGACAGCUGGAGAGUAUGAUCCGCCUCUCAGAAUCAAUGGCCCGGAUGCACUGCUGUGACGAGGUCCAGCCUAAACAUGUGAAGGAAGCUUUUCGGUUACUGAAUAAAUCAAUCAUCCGUGUAGAAACGCCUGAUGUCAACCUAGAUCAAGAGGAAGAGAUCCAGAUGGAGACGGAUGAAGGCCCAGAUGGCAUCAAUGGUCAUGCUGACAGCCCAGCCCCUGUGAAUGGGAUCAACGGUCCCAGUGAAGAUGCCAAUCAGGAACCUGUUUCCAAGCCCUCCCUGAGGCUGGGCUUUGCUGAGUACUGCCGAAUCUCUAACCUCAUUGUGCUCCACCUCAGGAAAAUGGAAGAAGAGGAGGACGAGUCAGCAUUAAAGAGGAGUGAGCUUGUUAAUUGGUACCUGAAGGAAAUUGAGUCAGAAAUAGACUCUGAAGAGGAGCUCAUAAAUAAAAAGAGGAUCAUAGAGAAGGUUGUUCAUCGUCUAACACACUACGAUCACGUUCUGAUUGAGCUUACACAGGCUGGACUGAAAGGCUCCACGGAAGAAAGCGAGAGCUUUGAGGAAGACCCCUACUUGGUAGUCAACCCUAACUACUUGCUUGAAGAUUGAGAUAUUGAAGGUAACUGUACAGCCAGACACAAGGACUUGUGGUGCCCUACCUCUGCACCAGAGCCUGGUGACACUCAGGAGAGACUGUUUCUGGAGUGAUUUUGAGGAGUGAGAGCUGAAUUCAUGACCCUGUGAGCCUCCUACUGGGACAGGCUUCCGCACUUUGUGCUUCUUGUCCUAUUGAAGUCAGAACCCAAUCAUGUUCUUUCUGUAAUACCUUUGUCUUCAUGUUUAGGAAAGCCUGCUGCUUUUGUCAUAUACAUAUCUGGAAAUUGCCUUCUUCUGUUUCCAACUACUGCUUUUAUUCAUGAAAAUAAAAUAACUUGUUCUGCA